UUGUGCUAUUGUUUCGAAAAUAUAUUAAGACAAUUAUUUCCUAUCAUUUAUUCAGAAUCAUUCAUUCUUGUCAAUAUAAGAUAAAAUGGAGUCAAUAGGACGAAUGGAUGAUUCUUAUUGUCAUAAUAAAGCAUUAGACAAUGAAGAAUACGCCAAAACUUCAGUAAAAAAUAGAAAAUUGCAAGAAUUUUUAAGGAAAAUAAGAAAGAAUUCUAUUAUUAAUAAUUUAAAAAAGUUAUUCGUGGAGAAAAAAGAUUUGCCUGAAGUCUUAGAUGAAUCAAAGACUCUAGAAAAAUCGGAAGCUGAAAUAAUUGAAAUAUCUUCCAUAGAAAAAGAGAGCAAUAAACCUUUUAAUUCUCCUAUUACUUUUCCUGAUUUUAAUUUUAAUCCAGAAUUUGACAUUAGUUGGGAUGAAAUAAAGAGAACCAUCGAUGAAGAAGACGAAAAAAUGAAUUGGAAGAUUUCGGAAAUGAUGUGCAAUUCCAAAUAUAACGUUCAGAAAGAAGUUCAAGUGGCUGCUGAACCGUUUCGAGUAAUGGAUAUAAAGCCUGUUCGUAGCGUUAUAUACGAGGAAAGUGUUUCAGUUUGUGAAGAAUUGGAAACUGGAGAUCAAGAGAUCGUUAAACUAACUGAUAAACCUUGGAACGAUCUCGAUUCAAAUAUAUUAAUUGAAUUUCCUGGUGGUGAUGACUAUUCAGAAAAACAUCAUUUGAAUAACAGCCUGGAUAUUCAAGAAUUAAACGAUGGUGAUGAUGAUUACAAUCAUACACUACCAGAUACAUCAGAAGAAAAAGAAAAUACUUUCAAGCUAAAUCAAAUGUGUCAUAAUUUGAUGAAUUUUUCUAAUUUUCUCGAGUCAUUAGAACAUAGGAUCAAAGAUAAAAAUCCUUCCUAUAAAAUAACAGAAGGAAAUUCGCUAAGAUAUUCGAAAAGCACAUGUAAAACCAAAGGAGCCACAUUACCAAAUUACCAGAAUUGCUUUAACACAUUUAAAAAUUUACGUAAGAUUCAUAAAUCUAAAUCCAGAAUUAAUCAAGAUAUUAAAGUAACACAGAGGUUAAAUGUUAUAGAGGAAAUGGAUGAAGAAACCGAUUUUUUACGUAAAUACAAUUGAAAAUUUCAAGAAAUUUUAAUGAAUCUUAUAGUAAAGUUUGUUAUAAUGCCUUAGAAUGCCGUUCUUUUCAAUAUUGGCAAGUGAAAUGCUGUAAUAAAUUAUUCACUUUCUUAAAUGCUAAAUACAAUU